UACACUUCCGCCUUCGACGUCGACUCGUAAAUGGAGUGGUCCAACUGGAUACGUGCGGGGGAUAUAAAAAAACUUGUUUCUCAAAGCUAAAAUACAUCAAAAAGUAGUUGCGAGUCACGUAUAAAACUUGUAUUGUAAAAAAAUGUACUCGUAAUCACCGCCGCGGGUGACAUUUGGAGACGCGUAACACCCGCCCUUGCUGUAAUGGUAUCGCCCAGAAGCUAUAUAAACCCUCGGCGUGGCGACGCUCAUCCGGUGCACUGAGCAGCCGCGGUUGCUAAGGAACCACCAAACCAAGGUGGGACCACGAUGACGACUGGAAGUAAUUGAAGUGUGGAGAGGACACGCCAUGCCAGGUGUCUGACCCAACAGUUCCAGGAUCAUAGCUGUCAUUAUGGUGACACUUAUCACAGAGCAGCUCAGAAAGCAAAGUUUGGAAGAGCCUUAUCACAAGGCUUUCAAUGGGAACGUGACACUACCCGCAUUAGGCUCCAGCCCCACUAUCUCCUGGAGAGCAUGCAAGUCCACCCAAGAGAGCAGCGUUGCUACACAGCCACUAUUCAAAGCCAAACCUCUGGAUGCAACGUGUGGACUGGACUCCACGUGGCCUUGCCAGGUGGGAAAACCUCACCAUGGAGCUGAGGUUUCCAUUGCAAAGCAGGCUUUCCAGAGCUCCCCUCCUCCACCGCCUCCUAAACGUCACUGUCGCUCCCUCUCUGUACCAGAGGAUCUCUCCCGGUGCCGCUCCACAUGGCAUCCUAGUGCAUCCAAAGUUUGGACCCCAGUAGAACGCGCCAGUCAAUGCGUAGGAACAUCUAAUGUAGGCUCUGGAGACGGCUUGUUGCCUCUUUGUGGUCCCAGGACCUUCUCUAAGUCGUCCUCUUUACAUUCCUCCUCGAGCCCCACUUUCUUUAGCUUAGCACUGUCUGCGGACUCUCCACUGCCAUGGAGCUUUCCGUGGGACCCGUGUGAAUCACCAAAAACAGCUUGCUCUUCAUCACUGGCCACCACUUCCUCAUGCUCCUCGUCACCGACGCCCCUCUCGGGCCACUUGGUGCUGCACCGCCGCUACUCCCUCUCUCCUUUACAAGUUUUGAAUACGUCCAUGUUGGCCCAGCACCCUCGGGCAGCACAUGCUGUGGGCAUGGAGGGCCCUGCCUUGUCUCCUUCUCCCACGUCAGCCUGCAGCACGCCAUCCUCCUCUCGACGCGACCCGCACCCAGCACUGCCACGAUGCCACUCGCAGCCCUGCGACAUGCGCAAACCUCGCUUGAAGAGGCGCCACGACCCAGAUGUGUUACCUGGCCCGAGGCCAGGGCUCGACUUCAGCAAGAUGACACAGAUUGGCAAUGGCGACGUAACAACCGCUACAUGUGGUUGCAUGGCGCCGGCGCGGUCCCAUGUGGAGAAGAACUCCGCCGUUUCGCCCGCCGAGUUCCUGGGCCGAGCCAGCAUCAGACCGCUGAGCGAGAGUGAAGAGGACGAAGACGACACAAUCAAAAGGACUGCGACACCGGAGGCGCAAAUGGUUUUUGAAAGAGACUGCACAGAACUAGACCUGAACCUCAUAGAAGAGAACUAAUGUUCCAGGAGAGCAUCCUUAGCCAUGUUUUAAGCACACUCUUAGGAACCUGCUCGCCGCCUCAGGUUUAUUAUGUCUUAUACUCCAGAUCCAAGCAGCUAUAAUAAACACACCACUCUCAAGCUAGUUCCUGUUGGAGAAGUCCGUGUUCUCCAUAGUGCCUCCCUUAUCAACGCUCCAAAGUCAACCUGACACCUCUUUUUGCAGAGUAUGAUGAGUUAUUCAUUUAUUUAGCAGCCAUAUGGAAUUAGCACUAAAGUCCCCACUUUAGAGAAGAAUACAUUUUCCAUGCAGGCACUGAAACUGACAAAAACGUGCUGAUAGAAGUCGCAUCGAAACAAACCCUCCACAAAUGAUUUUAUGAUGGUCAUGUAGGUUUAGAUCAAACCUAGUUUCAUGCGCAUUUGAACGUUAGCCACCAAAUCUGACAUGAUCCAGUUUUUUUUAUUUUUUAAACUGAUGCUCAUUUUUUUUGCGUUCUGACAAUGUUACGUUUAUUAAGUGUUCUGCUUUUAGUGUCAUCCAACCACAACAAGUCAUACAAUACUUAUCACUUGCUGCAAUGCCUUCCCCCAAAAUAUAUACCCUAUUUUCCGCACCAUAAGGCGCCCUGGGUUAUAAGCCGCGCCUUCAAUGAACGGCAUAUUUCAAAACUUUGUCCACCUAUAAGCCGCCCCGUGUUAUAAGCCGCAUCUAACUGCGCUAAAGGAAUGUCAAAAAAA